AGAUGGCGGACAGGCGGACAGCUUUCAUGAAUGUCAUAAUAAUGUGACAAUGAAAGAAAAGUGUAAAAAGUGAUUGCUCAAAAUACCAUUAUAAUUAUGACAGUAGCGAGUAAGCCAAUAAUCGAGUUGUGUAUAAUUUCUGUUUCUUCCUAAAAAGUCAAACUGGACGGGAAAAAUUUGACCAUGGAUUUCCCUUAACAGGACAAGGAUCGGUAUAAUCCGUGUUGUAACCCUUUCACACUCAAGGAGGACGAAGAACAAGAAAAAUCUAUAAUCUGAUUAUAGUCCCCUGCCUGAAGAAGGAUUAAUCAAUUUGCUAUGAGUGUAUGGCAAAUGGUUUGGCUUUGGUCCCUAUUUGGCUGAAAGUAGGAAUCUUGCACAAAAAUGAGUGGAGCUGAUGGUGGUGGAGAUCUAAUUGGCGGAUGGCAUGAAUGUGCCAGUUGGUUAAUCAGAUGUGGAGCUCUUCGAUCGGAUCACCGAGCGAAUUGGCCAACUGCAACGGCCUGCGACUUAGCAUACAUUCUUCGAGACGGUGUUUUAUUGUGCAAUCUUUUAAACACCGUCGAUCCAGGAUGCAUAGACAUGAAAGACGUCAAUCAAAAGCCUCAAAUGGCUCAAUUUCUGUGCCUCAGAAAUAUCAAAGUUUUUCUGUCUGCCUGCUCCAACAUCUUCGACCUCUCGGAAUCCGAUCUUUUUGAGCCCCCGAUGCUUUUCGAUUUAUCCAACUUCCACAGGGUCCUCUGUACACUCAGCUGUCUUUCAAACACGUCUCGAUUCCGACUCAAAGGGAUUCCUGGAUUUUCGGUAGGAAAAGGUCGAUCUCAAGAGGACAUUUACAAAGACUUGCAAAGCGUCGGAGCUGGGCGAGAAAGUGAGGGCCGUCGAAGGAGGUUUAGAAGGCGAGAGGGUGAUGAGGCAGGAGGUGGGGGGGAUGAUGAAGAUCCCGUCGGAGAAGAGGACGGUUACGGGGCAUACAGCAGUCAUGUUCAUAGCGAAAAAAUCUACCAGGACUUGUGUAGACUUCACCUUCCGCCUCCUCCGUCUGCUGCACAGGGGGCAAUUUCCGGAGGAGAGAAACGGGACUAUGUCGUGCAAGAACUGGUGGAAACGGAACGAAAUUACUCAGAAGUGCUAACCAAUUUAUUGAGGUAUUUCGCCAGGCCCUUGUCAACCAUGUUAAAACCGGAAGAUUCAUCGCGAAUUUUUUUUGGGAUUAAAGAUCUCGCUGAGAUUCAUGUUGGAUUUCACAACGUGCUUCGUAAAGCACGGAAUGGGGCAGCUUUAGCACAAGUCUUUCUCGAAUUCCAGGAAAGGUUUCUUAUAUAUGGAGAUUACUGUGCAAAUUUGACAAUCGCUCAAAAUACUUUGCAAGAUGUGUGUUCUAGAUAUGACCAGAUCAAUCAAGAAGUAAUUAGGUGCCAACAAGAAGCAAAUAAUGGAAAAUUUAAGCUUCGUGAUAUUCUCUCAGUGCCAAUGCAGAGGAUUCUCAAAUACCAUUUAUUAUUAGAAAAGCUAGUAGAAGAGACCCCCUCCGAUUGGGUGGAGGACCAUCGUCAAUUGUCGAAAGCCAGAGAAGCCAUGGUGGAUGUAGCGCAAUAUAUAAAUGAAGUGAAGCGGGACUCGGACACUUUGGAUAUAAUCAAGGAUAUACAAGCGUCUAUAGUCGACUGGGAUGUACCUGAGAAUGCACAAUUAAGGGACUUUGGACGGUUGCUUAGGGACGGAGAACUUAAGGUGAAAGCCCAUGGUGAUCAGAGAGUUAAGGCGCGAUACGCUUUUGUUUUCGAGCAAGCAGUUCUAGUGUGUAAAGCCGGUAGGGGAGAUCAAUAUUGUUACCGCGGAACCCUAAAGUUAGAUGAUUACCGAAUCGAGGAUCACACUGGUAGGCGAACUCUUGGAAGAGACUCUCGAUGGUCCUACCAGUGGUUUCUCGUUCACAAACAAAUGCGUACAGCUUAUACACUCUUCGCUAGAACUGAAGAACAAAAGCAGAUGUGGAUAAAAGCUCUGCAAGAUGCAAUGGACAAUGUGAACCCUGCCGCUUGUCGUCAUACUAAUCAUAAAUAUAGAUUAACCACGUUCGAUAAUGUACGUUGCUGCCGAAGGUGCGAGAAGUUCCUUAAAGGGCGAAUAUUCCAGGGUUACAAAUGUGAAGUGUGCGAGCUCGCUGUUCACAAACAAUGCAUUUCUAAUUCGGGGCGUUGUAUGCCUGCACCGCCGCCUCCACCGCCCCCACCCCCAUUACCUUGUGAGCGAGCUUUAAGCGACAAAUUGUGGUACGUCGGGGUGAUGGGCAGAGACGUCGCUGCUCACAAAUUAGAAGCUCGAGAUGACGGGACUUAUAUGCUAAGACUACGGCCUGCAGGACAACCACGACUUAAGCACGAAACCAACUUUGCACUCAGCCUCAAAGCCGACGGUACGGUGAAACACAUCAGAGUAUUUCAACGAGAUGUGGAUGGUGCUGAUCUUUAUUACCUGAGCGAGUCUAGAUUCUUCAAAAGUGUAGUCGAGCUAGUAGAAUAUUACGAGCGUUCGUCGCUGUCAGAAAACUUCGAGAAGUUAGAUCAGCGUUUACUGUGGCCUUUCAGGCGAGUUUUAGCUAAGGCGUUGUUCGAUUUUCGCGGAGAGGAGCCCAAUCAGUUGAGUUUACGUCGGGGUUGUCGAGUCGUCGUGUUGAGCAAAGAGGGUGAAGCUAAAGGUUGGUGGAAAGGAAAGAUCGGUGACCGAGUUGGUUUCUUUCCCAAGGAGUACGUUGAAGAAGAAGGUCCUAAUUUCACACCUUAAACCUAAGCUUAAGCUUAUUGUGCUAAUUUAAUAAUGUGCUCCAACUCCAACAUAUCCCCACAGUCAACUUGCUGUAUAAAAUUUUUAGUAGAAUGUUUAUCCUCUUACCGAGCGCUCUCUUCCGUCGCAGUGAUACAUGACCGAUUUUAUGUGAAAUCAGGCAAUCUGAACCUACUCAGGUCACAGAAGUGAUUGGGACUGAGACAUUUCUUUUCCGAGUUAAAAUAAGAGACACUUAUUUGUUUCUUUUGCAGAAAAACGUCUUUGAUUCUAGUUCAAUCUACAACCUUUCAGUUAUUCUGAAAGAACAUGAAAAUAUUUAAAAAUUACAAAAAUAGCGUACAUUUUUCGAACAUAAGGUGAAGUUUUCCAAAGAGACUACCUUUGAUUUUUCAAUGAUUUAUAGUGAUAUAAGGGAGAUACUACUAUCCCUUCAGAUAGAAAAAUAUAUUUUUUAUAAUAUAAGAUACAUUUUUCAGAAUAUAGAUUUUUUUUAAACAUUCAUAGUUUUAUGUCUCAAAGUAACGAAAUUUAAAUCAAUAAUUCAGAACAUUUGAAACCAGGAUUUUCAAAAUCCCGAAACUUCUUAUUAACAAAAUUUAACAUUUCCGGAAAUUUAAAAUCCCCCAUAAA